AACGUCCAUAGUACGUGGUGUGAUUACCGGGCGACACUCUGCCACAUCAGCAGCGGCAUCUCCGGCCGCCCUCUCCCAAAUGAGUAAAUCGCUUGAUUCCGAAUGGAAUGGCAAUCAACGGGGUGUCAUAAACCGUCAUUGUGAUUAUGAGGGCUUCAACACGCAACAGACUACGCUACUGCAUACUAUAGAGUGAUUACUGUGAUAGGGAUUUCAAUUUUUAUUUUUUGCGAUCACUGUUUUGGAGGCUGUUUUCCAUGGGAGGUGGUCAGAAAAGCUACUCGGUUAAUCCUCACGAUUACAAGCUUUUGGAAGAGAUUGGUUACGGGGCAAGUGCCACUGUAUAUAGAGCGAUCUAUCUACUAUCCAAUGAAGUCGUGGCGAUCAAGUGUUUGGAUCUCGAUCGCUGCAAUACCAAUCUUGUUGGUUUCCUUAUCUUCGCUC